ACACACACUUUUAAUUUUUUUUUGGCUAAAAAAGGCACACCUCGAAUUAUUUUAUCCCGUUCCGACCACUGGCAGUGUAGAGUUUGGUCUCGCUCUCUCUCUCUCUCUCUCGGCGGAGCAAUGGCAUCGACUAGUGCUCUAACAGCUAAGGUUUCUAACUUGCAGGUAGCAACUGACUGGAAAAGGCCUUCCUCGUCGUCGCUGUCCUUCUGUAAACUAAAUCCAAACAUGAAUCAUGUUUGUAUGCAGGUUUUGUCUCAGCCUGGAUAUUGUAAGGUUGGCCAUAAUCGUAGAUCACUUUGCAUUUAUGGUCUAUUUGGAGGAAAGAAAGACAACAAUGAGAAGAGUGAUGAUGCACCUUCAAAGGCAGGGAUUAUGGGGAACAUGCAAAAUUUGUAUGAGAAUGUGAAAAAGGCACAAAUGGUUGUCCAAGUUGAGGCUGCGCGGGUGCAAAAAGAACUUGCUGUAGCAGAAUUUGAUGGAUAUUGUGAAGGCGAACUGAUAAAGGUGACGUUAUCUGGGAACCAGCAACCUGUUCGCACUGAGAUCACUGAGGCUGCAAUGGAGUUAGGACCAGAAAAGCUCUCACUUUUGAUCACAGAAGCAUACAAGGAUGCGCACCAGAAGAGUGUACAGGCCAUGAAGGAAAGGAUGAGCGAUCUUGCCCAAAGCCUAGGAAUGCCACCAGGCGUUGGUGAAGGAUUACAGCAAUGAUCUUUUUGUUCUUGUAAUAUCUGAAAUGAAAUUCAAUUUUGGCAGACUUUGGCGGCAGAAUUGAUCAUCUGUACGUACAUAUGAUGCCUUUGAAUUUGCAGUAUUGAUUAUUUUAGCAAUGACAUGAAUUUUGUGGUUAACCCUAUUGCAAGAAAGCUGGUAGUUGGGAAUCACCUUAAAA